GGCAGGCUGGCACAGCGCGGACGGACUGGAGUGGAUCCGGAACGCGAGCAGAAGACGCCGGACCAUGAGAGAAAGUGGAGUCAGACGCACUGAACCACAGCGAUAAGACAGCGCGCCGCAAAAUGAAGACACCUAUGCGCCAUGGGGUAGCCGUGCUUCUCGUGCUCCUCCUGUGCGCCAGCUUGUUCCUCGUGUACAACGGCAGCUUCAACAUCGCUUCCAGGGACGCUAACGACACGCACAUCCGACAGCAUGAACAGCUGCGGAGACCCACUGAAGCCUCCGUCAGGGUGGCCAAGCCUCACCCCCCGGUCCUCCAGGGAUACAGUGGCAUCAUCGACCAUAAGCCUCUCAGGAUGCACUGCCAGACCUGUGCCCUGGUGACCAGCUCAGGUCACCUCAUCGGAGGCCGUCGGGGUGAAGAGAUUGACCGGGCCGAGUGCGUCAUCCGCAUGAAUGACGCCCCCACCACCAGGGGUUACGCCCGCGACGUUGGCCGCCAAACCUCCCUGCGUGUCAUUGCUCACUCCAGCAUGCAGAGGGUCCUGCGGAGUCGCCACGAGUUGCUCAAUGCCAGCCAGGACACAGUGUUCAUCUUCUGGGGCCCUAGCAGCUACAUGAGGCGUGAUGGGAAGGGCCUGGUGUACAACAACCUGAGGCUGAUGAACCAGGUGCUGCCUAAACUCAAAGUGUACAUCAUCUCCUGGCAGAAGAUGCUGCAGUUUGACGAGCUCUUCAAGAAGGAGACGGGAAAGGACAGGAGGAUAUCAAACUCCUGGCUGAGCACCGGCUGGUUCACUAUGACCAUUGCCCUGGAGCUGUGUGAUAGGAUCAAUGUCUACGGCAUGGUUGCCCCUGACUUCUGCAGGGAGCCUCAGCACCACUCUGUUCCCUACCACUACUACGAGCCUCGUGGUCCGGACGAGUGCGCCAUGUACAUUUCCCACGAGCGUGGGCGGCGGGGGAGCCACCACCGCUUCAUCACGGAGAAGCGGGUCUUCGCCAACUGGGCGCGGACAUUUGACAUCCACUUCUACCAGCCAGACUGGAGCCCCCCGCCUCUCCCAGCCAACAAGACACAGGAGGGAACGGUCACAUCGGCACCUCUGGUACCCCAGAAGACGUGACCGAAGAAGAAAUGUUGAAGAGAUUCACAUCAGAAGGACUGAGGAUGGGGUACUGGACCCGUAACAGAAAGGAUUAAAUAUAAAGUAGGCAAGAAAAAUAGUUAGCACAAAUGAGGACUGAGUCUGGUUGAUCCUGCUGGACAUUUGUUAAGAACAUUUCUCCAGCUCCAACACUGCAACUCCAGCAGUGUGUUUUGUUUACUGAGGUGAACCUGUUCAAAGUUGUACAUCCCUUUUUGAAAUACAAGAAGGCAGCAUCAUCACACACUCCACUCUGA